AUGGCUCAGGAUGCGCGCAAAGUGCGAAAGGUGACGCGCGCCUGUGAUGCCUGCAAAAGCAAGAAAAAAGCGUGUACAGGAACACUCCCUUGUGGUCCGUGUGCCCGCCGGCGGCUGUCUUGCACGUACGACGCGGCGUACAACCGCGGUGUCGCAGUGAGUCCACUUUUCUCGAACCACAAAGACACCCCAAGUCCCACCACCCCCAGCACAGUCGGCCAGAAUCCUACGGGUCAAAAAGCUCGGUCGCAGCGUAUCGCGACGACCGACUCUCCUCGAGGGGGCUGGAAUCAGCAACCUACUUCCUACAGAUCACCCACCAAUGUCUCUGAGCAAGCGGCAGCGGUGAUCCCAAAUGCACCAGAGCCAUUAGUGCCGUCGACUGCUGACUCUCAGUAUUGGGGCCCAACAUCGGCCCAUUCCUUCCUUGGGCGAGUUGUUCAAGACUUGCCAACUGCGCCCUCGAAGGUAUUGGCUCAACAGCCCUGCCAAAGUGCACCUUCAACUGUGCCUAUAUUCUCAUUCGGGGACCGCAUCAAUCCCAGUGUCCAGCUGGCAGAUUUUCAAUGGCCAACGCGGCAAACCGCAGACAAACUGGUUCGACGAUACUUUGACUUCGCAGCACUGACUUAUCGGAUUCUUCACCAACCGACGAUUGAACAGCUGAUUGAGAGUCUAUACGAGAAUGGUACAAUCUCUCCAGAUUCUGUGCAAGACGUGGCCUCUCAAGCCAUCGCUCUACUAAUAUUCGCCACGGCGACCAUGUAUCAACCAGACUCAGAGGGCCACCUAGCUGCCGCAGAUGAGAACGGUUGGGUCAAUAGUGAGCAUUACUAUGCGCAGGCAGACUUUCUCCUCUCCAAUGAAACAGGAGCUCCCAGACUAGGCUCUGUGCAAGCUCGCUUUCUGACGGUGCUGUAUCUACUUAGCUCAUCAAGGGCACACAAGGCCUGGUUCACAUUCGGGACCACAGUACAACUGAUGAUGGCACUGGGCUUUCAUAGCAAACGAUCGAGGGUCGUUGUUGGAGAAGACGACCUCGUACGGAAGGAAUGCCAAAGGCGUGUGCUCUGGUGCUCAUACACUCUGGACAAAUACCUCAGCAUCAUACUGGGUCGGCCACGUCUUUGGCAAGAUGAAGAUAUUGAUGAAGAAUUGCCAACUCGUAUCAACGACCAAGAUCUAUCACGUCAUGAGAUGAAUCCCUCCAAGUGUGAUUGCCUAAUGGAUGCGCCGGUAUUCCACGCAGUCCUGGCUCGCAUUUUGACACAAGCUGCAAGGGAGUCUUAUGUCGUGACCGGCAUCUCUUCCAAAGAACAAAUUGAUACAAUUCGUGUUUUCUGUGGAAGAGUUGCUGAAUGGCAAGCCGAGUUGCCCCCGUUCCUGUCUGGUAUCAUCCAACCAGGCAGCCUAAUCCCCGGGCUUCGGCGACAGUUAACAGUCUUACAACUGGCACGAUAUCAUGCUUUGAUUUUCAUCACACGACCUCUCUUGCUUCGCAAUUACUCACAAAUCUGGCCUGAAUGCGAAGCAAGCUACCAGUAUUAUCUGAGCACCUGUCUCACCGCGGCCCGAGACGCCAUCGAACUGAUACUUGCCUUUGUUCAAGAGAAGCAGCUUUUCCCUUCCUUCUGGUAUUCUCAAUACAUUGCAUUCAAUGCGUUGUCUAUCAUAUAUCUUUACCUUAUACAGGUGCAGCGAGGCAGGAUAUCACCGGCUAAUCUUCGCUUCCUUCACAAUCAAGACGGACCCUUUGACUUGCAUCUUGAUCCAACCACACUAUACAGGCUAUGUGAAACUGCACAGGCUCAUCUUGCUGAUGCGACUGUUCGCAAUGCACCCGCAUGGAGAUACAGCGCAAUUCUUCAAGUCCUGCGCCGUGAAUUGUCCCGAUCAAAUGCCUCGGUCUCGGGGCCUGGUUCAGUUCACUCGGAAAGUCGCGAUGGGUAUCCUGUCACCACUAACAACCCACAUGCGUUCCCUGCAAAUGUCCAGGAUGCUCGACAGCAUCCGCAAAGUCAACAUCAUGGGCUAGUUCCAGCAAACAGCCUUACCGAAGCGGAUGUCCUGCCUGCCAGCAGCUUGUCUCAGCAUGAUGCUUUUGUUGAAAACAUUUUUCUCGAUCCAAACACAGAGAUCCUCUUCGAUAACCUCGGCACAGACGAGGACUUGAUUCCAGACUUCUGGUCACAAUUUGAUAGUCUGCCUGUCGCUUACCAUGGAUGA